GGAUUCGAUCUCCUUUUAAAAGACGCAAUAGAAUUCGAACUCCCUUGCACAAAUGUAAACAAUGUCGGCGUCCACGAUGUUCCUCCGGUCUCUUGUAAGGCCUGUGUUGUCUGCAAUUUCCAGCAAUGGCACAGCUUCUAAGACUUUAUUACAGAUUGAAGGAAGAAGCCAUGCAGCAUCCAGUCUCUUCACAAGCACUAGACUAAGGUGCGAAGCUGAGGAAGGAGAGCCUCAAGCAGAACGAGACCCACUGAAAGACCGUUCUAAAAUAGUCCCUGUGGAGACCAGCAUGAAAUACCUGAAAAGUGAUGCUUACAAGACUACCUACGGCACAGACCCAGUAUGGAAGAGAUAUCGCAGAAAUUUUAAGGGAGCCUUUGCACCUCGCCAUACCAGGAAAACAUGCAUA